AUGAGCAGCGUUUCGAGGCUAGGCCUGGGUCUCAGGCUGCAGCCCUCGAGCUUCGGCUGCGCUGCCGCAGUCCCGCGGCGAUGCAUAUCCUACUCCCCCAAUAAACGCGUCAAAUCCACUCUCGAAGCCGGCGAGGACAAAUCCGGCCAUAUCAACCAAGACCAGAACCAGGCAGUUCUCUUCUUUGACCAUGUAUUCCCUCUCAAGCUGCAAUGGCUGCUCCGCUUCCCCUUCUCCACCGAGAAGCAGUUUCCUGAAUUGAUGAAGCGGCUGAAAAGUCCUACCGUCGCCGCUGCUGAUCCUGUUAUUGUCUUGAAAAACUCUCCAAUCCUGAGCAAAGCCAAAAUCACCGUCGAAGAAGUGCUUCCCCGGCUCAAAGAGGGUGGCGCUUUUGUGAAGAUUAGGCAUGACCCGAACAUCGACCCGAAGAACAUCGAGUCUGAGAUCCGAAACCACUUGAAGCAAACCCAGAUCAAGCCAUGGUGGAACCCUUUCCAGCGCAUGCGUGCGAGGCUUGUCCGUGGCCGCCCGUGGGUCGAGGAUCUGUACCGCCUGCCCAGCCAACGUUUAAAGGUCGAGUUUCUGCCUGCUGAGGUGGGCACCGAGCCUACCGAGUUGUCUCCAGAGCAGCUCUACAGCAUCUUCAGACCCUACGGAAAGCUCAAGGACAUCGCCACUCAGCCGCCGGACUCGAAAAUUCUUCCUAAAUUUGCAUACCUGGACUUCACUCUAGCUCGUCGGGCCAUCAUGGCCAAGAACUGUCUGCAUGGUGUCAAGGUGCCAGAAGCUGAAGGGGGUGGGAAGGCCGGGACGCUCCUGCGUCUCACGUACGAGGCCAAGGGAAAGGGCCAUUGGUUCCGUGAUUGGAUUCUCGGUCAUCCUAGGAUCGUGAUUCCCGCGGUGAUUGCCGUCAUUGGUACCAUCACCGUCACCGUCUUUGAUCCCAUUCGAACAUUCUUUAUCAAAGCUCACGUGAACCGGUCCUUCAGCUUCGAGGACAACAAGAUCUACAACUGGUUCCGAUCUCAGGCAACAGACAUCUUGUCCUUCCGUCGCAAACAUGAAGAUGAAGCAGGCAUGGAAGCCAUCUGGGACGAUCGCAAGGGCAACAUCGAACAGCUGCAGGCAUGGUUGAUGGAGUCAACCGACACGUUCAUCAUCGUGCAAGGCCCUCGCGGAUCUGGAAAGAAGGAACUCGUCUUGGACCAAGCGCUCAAGGGCAGGAAACACAAACUAAUUAUCGACUGCAAGCCUAUCCAAGAAGCCCGCAGUGACAGCGCCACCAUCAACGCCGCGGCUGCAGAGGUUGGAUAUCGGCCUGUGUUCUCCUGGAUGAACAGCAUCAGCGGAAUGAUUGACCUUGCAGCACAAGGAGCUGCUGGUGUCAAGACUGGUUUCUCAGAAACACUCGAUGGUCAGCUCACUAAAAUCCUCAACAACACGGCCACAGCUCUGAAGCAAAUUGCGCUCGACCACCGCGAGAGUAGCGACAAGGAUGCAAGCCUCAGCGAUGACGAUUGGCUUGAGGUACAUCCGGAGAAGCGGCCAGUUGUGGUGGUGGACAACUACCUUCACAAGAGCCAGGACGACACCCUCGUGUACGACAAGAUUGCUGAUUGGGCUGCCAGUCUGACAACGGCUAAUGUUGCCCAUGUCAUCUUCUUGACACACGAUGUGUCGUUUUCCAAAUCGUUGAGCAAGGCUCUGCCGGACCGUGUUUUCAGGCUUAUCUCCCUCAGUGAUUGCUCGCCUGAAGUUGCGAAGCGCUUCGUCAUCAAACAUCUCGAUGCAGAUGACGAUGAUGGCAAGGGCCACUUUAGGAAGAAGAAGGAUGAGCAGGAGGAGAAGCUGACUCCGUCUCAACGCCGUAAAGACAUCGCAGAGCUAGACGACUGCAUUGGCGCCCUUGGUGGUCGCCUCACAGAUCUCGAGUUCCUUGCACGACGAAUCAAGACGGGCGAGAGCCCGAGAAACGCGGUCCAGCAAAUCAUUGAGCAGUCUGCGUCUGAGAUCCUCAAAAUGUACCUGUUCGGUCAAGACGAUGGAGACCGGAAAUGGACGCCUGAGCAGGCUUGGCUUUUGAUCAAGCAGCUUGCCACACAGGAGACGCUCCGCUACAACGGCAUCUUGCUGGCAGACACAUUCAAGACUGGUGGCGAACGCGUUCUUCAGGCACUGGAGCAGGCUGAGCUCAUCACGAUCGUCUCGAACAACGGGCGCCCACAGAGCAUCAAACCUGGAAAACCCGUCUACCAGUCCGCAUUCAAGAUGCUCACUGCAGAUCGCGUUCUCAAAGCCAAGUUGGAUCUUGCAAUCCUGGCGCAGCAGACCAAACUCGAGACUCAGAAUAUCGAUAAGUACGAGGCCGAGCUCAAGCUGCUAGGAUCGCUUCCAAAGCAGCCAUGGGAGCUCGGAUCCAGAAUCAAGUGGCUGUUAGACAAAGUGCACACCAGCCAAACAAAGGUGGAAAAGUAUGAGAUGGAGAGUGCAGAAUUGAAGAAGAUACUGCAGCGUGACUUUUAA